AUUACAGGUCGCCGCUACUUCACUAUUUAGUUUCCAUUUAGAUUAUUCAACGGUGAAACAUACACAUACUGUACUCUCAGGGAACCGGCCUUGAUUUGUAACACAUGGCUUCUAAACACCAACAGAACGACUUGUCUACCGGGUUCCGCGUGCAGUUCAAAUCUUUCGCAACAGAGGCGAUCCACGUUGGGCAAGAACCGGAGCAAUGGAAAUCUAUGGCCGUGGUACCACCUAUUUCUCUGUCCACCACGUUCAAGCAGUAUGGACCUGGAGAUCAUGCUGGUUUUGAGUACAGUCGGAGUGGAAAUCCUACUAGAAACUGUCUGGAGAAAGCUGUUGCUGCUUUGGAUGGAGCAAAGCACUGUUUUGCUCUGGCUUCUGGGCUGGCUGCGACUAUGACCAUCACUCACAUGCUGAAAGCUGGAGAUGGCAUUGUCUGCAUGAAUGAUGUGUAUGGAGGCACCAAUCGUUACUUCCGGAAGAUUGCUGCAGAAUUAGGCUUGGAUGUCUCCUUUGCUGAUUGUACCAAAAUCGAGUUGCUCCAAGCCGCUCUUAAGCCGAACACAAAGUUGGUAUGGAUUGAGACUCCCACCAACCCUACCAUGAAAGUGGUGGAUAUCCAGGCCUGUGCAGAGGUGGUCCACCAACACAACAAGGAUACCGUGGUGGUCGUGGACAACACUUUUAUGUCAGCCUACUUCCAGCGCCCCUUGGCCCUCGGAGCAGACAUCUGCAUGUAUUCAGCUACUAAGUACAUGAAUGGUCACAGUGAUGUUGUAAUGGGCCUGGUGUCUGUGAACCGUGAGGACCUGUAUGACCGACUGAAGUUUCUACAGAAUGCCCUGGGAGCCGUACCGUCCCCCUUUGACUGCUACCUGUGUAACCGUGGCCUGAAGACCCUGCACCUGCGCAUGAGGCAGCACUUCAAGAACGCCCUGGCGGUGGCCCAGUUCCUGGAGGCUGACCCCAGGGUGGACAGAGUCAUCUUCCCAGGCUUACCCUCCCACCCCCAGCACGAGCUGAUGAAGAGACAGUGUACAGGCUGCCCAGGGAUGAUCACCUUUUACAUAAAGGGAAAACUGGAGAAUGCCAGCACCUUCCUCAGCAACCUCAAGUUGUUUGCACUUGCCGAGAGCCUUGGCGGUUAUGAAAGUUUGGCAGAGCAUCCGGCGAUAAUGACCCAUGCGUCUGUUCCAGAGAGUGAUAGAGCCGCCCUGGGGAUCAGUGACACGCUGAUCCGUUUGUCUGUGGGGCUGGAGGAUGAGCAGGACAUCAUUGAGGACCUGAAACAAGCCCUGAACGCUUCUCAUCCAAAGAAGAAGUAAUGUCUUCAGGACGUCCCAAGACCAGCGGUUGUCUGUCGUCAGUGGGAUGGAGCAGAGGCAGGAGUACCCAGUGUUUCUAGCCGUGUACAAGGAGAGAGCAGCGAGAUGGUGCCUCAACACAGCGUACACAAACUGUAUUUAUGAAUGCACUCAUCAUCAGGGAACAACCUGCUCUUAAAACAUUACGCCUUCUUCAUUAAUUAUUAAUAACCCUUUUUAUCAUCAAUUCUUUGAAUGCUGAUUUUAUCAGGAGGACUUCCAAGGACUUCAUUUUAAUAUUUCAUUCUUGCUGCUUUUGCUGUGUGUGUGUGUUUUUGUUUCGUAAUUUUUUUGUUUGGAGGGCGUUGAUAGGGCACUGUGACAGAGAUUCUUAUUCAAUUACAACGGGUAUCCGGGACUUUCAGGAGUAUGGCAAAUCAACAUUAAUUUGUCUUUCUGCUUCAUUUAGUUUGAACCAUGAGAAGAAUGUCUUGCUCUGUAAAUGUCGGGACAGCAGUUUUGAUUAAAUACAACUAUGUGUCUGGCUCUAUCAAAUGUAUGCCUAGUAAAGGGAUAGUGGGGAAGCUUUGCCCUAGAGUUUGAGUCUUAAAGAAAGUUGGCCCGUGAGGGAGUGCUAUGUGCAUGCUUGUCCUUGCCUUCUGUCGAACAAUUUUAUAUUUUAAAUUAAUUGCGUGAAGAGGUUUUUAAUGGAAUGACUCAAAAUAGGAUUAUUAUUUGAGCAAUGUACAAAGUUCCAGUGGUGUUGCUGAACUCAACUCACAGGCUUGUUCUCAGAUCAAAACACUCAGCGAUGUCAGGGUUUUCUACCUGAGAACCAACCAACCCCACGUCGUGUUGGUGCUCUCUCACUCAGUUGACGGUGUUAUCAAUCCCAUAUCAUACUUACUGUAUCUCUGAUUGCUACUCAAGUAUGUGCUUCAAUUGGGAAAGACCAUGUUUGAUCAAUGUCAUCAGUGUGACCAAACUCAUUAAAUUCAGUUUGCAGUACGUCAUGCUGGAACUCUCACUCACUUGACUGUGUUAUCAAUCACAUAUCAUACAUACUGUAUCUGCUUGCUACUUAAGUGUGUGCUUGAAUGUUUGAUGUCAUCUGUGUGACAUACUGUAAAAUGUGGCCUAGUAGGCUACUGUUUAUUAAGCUGUUGUAAACAAUGAAAUGGAGUAAAACAACUGUAUAAUUUGGCUUAAUAAAAACAUUUUAUAGUAGA